UAUCCAAAGAUGAGCUAGUUUGCUUUUUACAACACAGCGACUGGAGUCGAAAGACACGACGUGAUUAUUUGUAACUGUCUAACAGUUACAACAUUGCCGAACUAGUUAAUUGUGUGUGGCCGAAUAUAAAGACAAGACUCAUUUGCUGUGUCGUUUUUUUUCUUUCUUACGGGCCACAUCACCCCUAACCCCCCACACCCUUUUAAAUCCAGAAUAUCAACACAACAACGAUGGAUGAGCUCCAUACCCACUGCCUGAACUGUGUGAACCGGAGGUGUAUGAUUCGCACAGAGACUGGUAUGUCCUGUGAUCUCAUUGGCUGUCCUCUUGUCUGUGGGGCAGUCUUCCACUCCUGUAAAGAGGAGGAGCAUCAUUUACUAUGCCCGUUUGAAAGAGUGCCUUGCCUCAACACUGGAUUUGGGUGCCCUUUCACUAUCCCCCGGAUUAAGAUGGCUAAACACCUUGAGACGUGCCCGGCCAGUGUGGUGUGUUGCACCAUGGAGUGGAACCGUUGGCCUGUGAGCUAUUCAGACCGGAAGUCCUAUGAGCAUUUGAGCAAUGUUGAAGUGGUGGAGCAGCUAGACAUGGCCCUGGCUCUGCAAGAUCAGAGGAUGCUACUGGAGUCUCUUAGAGUCACCACCAACACGUCAAAGAACAGAUCUAGUAAAUCGGCUGAGGAAACAUGUUACAAGAUCGCUGAUGUAAUGUCAAGUGUACCAGAGACUGACAUUAGUAAUGGAACCGUUGAAAUGGAUGAGGCUGCUGCUUUGACUAAUGGAGUGGUUGAAAUGGAUGAGGCUGCUGCUUUGACUAAUGGAGUGGUUGAAAUGGAUGAGGCUGCUGCUUUGACUAAUGGAGUGGUUGAAAUGGAUGAGGCUGCUGCUUUGACUAAUGGAGUGGUUGAAAUGGAAGAUGAUGAUGAGUCUUAUAGUGAGGUACACAAAAUAAAGUUAGCGGCUACCUUGGCCGUCCUCAGAAGUGCCAAGGACAUAGACUUGAUCAGUGUAAAUGUUGAAAACGGUGAGAGAGAAGGGGUUCUCCAUAGGGAAGAGGACAGUGAUAAUGAUAAUCAUAAUGAUUUGAAGAAUGUAGAGAUGAAGGCAAGUGACACAGAGUCGGGCUGUGAGCUCGGAGCAGUGGGCGGAGUGGACUGUGGAUUUGGAACAGACGGGCAGGGAGACGAGAGCUAUUGGAUAGAGUCUCCAGAGGAAGUGGAGAAGGACCAUGUGAUGGGUCUUGCUGAGGUGGGUUGUCCUCCUCUCAGUAAUGGUUUCAAGCAUGAAGGAGACAACCAAAAUCGCUUGAGACAGCGUGAGUGGAUGGAUCUGAGCAGAUCUCCACCCAGACGCUCUGAAGUCAACAGGUUUUCAGACUUCAGGCUGGUGAUGCCUUAUCUCUCCAUGCCUAAUAUAGUAGCACCCCUGGAGACCUCUGGGCCCCACCCUCCACCACUACCCAUCCACUUGCCUCUUCCCAUGCCUCUCCCAAAUCUGGAGCCCUACAAUGUGCUCCAGCAUCUGCCCUUGGAGAUAGAAGACAGGUGGCUGGAGAGGAAACUUCAGAACCUCCAGGUGCUCAGGGGGAUGAGUGUGUUUACAUUUAACGGGCGCAGGGCUCUGAUGUCUGACCCCUAUCUGUUCAGAGCCAAAAUGGAGGACAAGUCAGUGGACACCUCAGACCUGGAGGUAACUGACGAUCCAUUGGGGCUCCAUGGAAUCGACCUGAUCACGGCAGCACUGCUCUUCUGUCUGGGGGACUCCCCUGGGGGCCGCAGCAUCUCAGACAGCAGGUUUGUAGACGGCUACCACGUCGACUUUGGUACCCAGACUUUCUCCUUCCCCUCGGCAAUACUGGCCACUAACACCAUGGUGGGGGAUAUCGCCUCAGCGUCGGCCUGUGAUCACGCCAGCCCUCAGCUCUCCAACCCCAGCCCCUUCCACUCUCUCCGGCUGGACCUGGUUCUGGAGUGCGUGGCCCGUUACCAGACCAAGCAGCGCACCAUGUUCACCUUCGUGUGUGGACAGCUGUUCCGCAGGGACGAGUUCUCUUCGCAUUUCAAAAACGUUCACGGGGACAUCCACGCCGGCCUGAACGGCUGGCUGGAGCACCGCUGUCCCCUGGCCUACUACGGCUGCACCUACUCCCAGAGACGCUUCUGUCCCUCUGUUCAGGGCUCCAGGAUCAUCCAUGACAGACACCUGGGCUCGUUUGGGGUGCGGCCCGACAUGCCUCCCCAGAACGGCGAUAAAACCCUCCCCAGGAAUGCCUGUCGGUUCGGGUCCACCUGCGACCACCUGAGCUCCUUGCCCUUUGAGCUGCAACAGUAUGUGGCCAGUUUCCUGGAUGGCUUCAGCCUGUGCCAGUUUUCCAGGGUCUCUCGGACAAUGAGGGAUGUGUGUGGCAGUUUACUGCAGUCCAGAGGCAUGGUGGUGCUGCUCUGGGAGAACACACGAAGGCCUGAUGGGUCAUCCUCAUGGCAGAUCCAAAACAAGGUGUGGCGAUUUAGCACAGCCUUCGGUACAGUGAAGGAGUGGAAGUUUGCCAACAUCACCAGUAUGGCCGACCAUCUGAAGAAGUGCAAGUUUAACACCAUCACCUGUCGGGACGAGGCCAUCCCUCUGCCCUGCAUGUGCUUAUCCAGAGAGCUCACCAAAGAGGGACGCUCACUGCGCUCAGUCCUCAAGCCGGUAUUAUGAGUAACUCUAUAAAAGGGUUGGAGUCCAUGGGUAUUAAAAGUAGUGCACUAUGUAAGCGUUAGGGUACUAUUAUGGACGUAGGUCAUUUCAAUCAAUUCAUUAAGUUCUUACAGAAGUACUCCCAGAAUUCACUGAAUUGAAAUGCACUUCAACCCUGCUCUAUGAUAAGCAAAUACAAAAUGCUGCUAUCGUUCUCUUCCGGUCUUGACAGGAAAAAAAACUGAAUUGUUUUCAACCUAUUUGAUAUGCAUACACACGGAGUGGACAAAACCUGCUCUUUCCAUGAUCGACUGACCAGGUGUAUCCAGGUAAAAGCUGUGAUCCCUUAUUGAUGUCACCUGUUAAAUCCUCUUCAAUCAGUGUAGAUGAAGGGGAGGAGACAGGUGAAAGAAUAAUUUUUAAGCCUUGAGACAUGGAUUGUGUAUGUGUGUCAUUCAGAGGGUGAAAGGGGCAAGACAAAAGAUUAAAGUGCCUUUGAAUGGGGUAUGGUAGUAGGUGCCAGGCGCACCGGUAUGAUUGUGUCAAGAACUGCAGCGCUGCUGGGUUUUUCACACUCAACAGUUUCCUGUGUGUAUCAAUAAUGGUCCACCACCCAAAGGACAUCCAGCCGACUUGACACAACUGUGGGAAGCAUUGGAGUCAACAUUGGCCAGCAUCCCUGUGGAACACUUUUGACACGUUGUAGAGUCCAUGUCCCGAUGAAUUGACUGUUCUUGGGGACGGCGCAACGCAACUCAAUAUUAUGAAGGUGUUCUUAAUGUUUUGUGCACUGUAUAUACUCUUGUUACCAAUGUACUGAAUAGAUUAUUUAACUUUUACAUACUCUGUCAAUGUGUAAAUAAAAAAUAUUUUUGACAUUACAUUUUCUAUUUUUAUAAGAUAACGAAGUUCGUACUGUGCCGCAUUGACAACAAAAGAAAAUGGAGCCUUAACCUAUGAUAAAGACUUGAUUUCUGGUCAUGGGAGGGAUCUGAUGGGGAUUUUUAAUGAGUAGAUUCCUCAUUGUCCCCCGGCUAGAGCGAUUUACAACAUCUUGCACGGUUUUAUAUACUUAGGGUGAUCAUGAUUUUUGUUGAGUUUGAGUCAGCGGAUCAUGCCAUUUACUGUUGAGUCAGCGGAUCAUGCCAGUUACUGUUGAGUCAGCGGAUCAUGCCAGUUACUGUUGAGUCAGCGGAUCAUGCCAGUUACUGUUGAGUCAGCGGAUCAUGCCAUUUACUGUUGAGUCAGCGGAUCAUGCCAUUUACUGUUGAGUCAGCGGAUCAUGCCAUUUACUUUUGAGUCAGCGGAUCAUGCCAUUUACUUUUGAGUCAGCGGACCAUGUUAAGAUAUUGUCAGUGUAGCUAUUUAAUGCCGGGAUUCAAUCCGAUCACGCUUGUAGACAACGCAGAUUUUAAAGGUAAACUUGGCAGAUGUCAGCUCAAUUAUUUGAAAUUACCUUUUAAAAGUAGGUCAGAAUGAAUCCCGGUCUAAUUCAACCUCCAUCAGUAUCAGGCUGGACAACAAUGUUGACUGUUUGAGUUAAGGGUGAUUGGUUGUCUUUCUGUAUCAAAUCUCCUGUUCCUCAUUUGAGAACAAUGUUACUUCUGUGAAAACCAUUUGUGUGAAUACUUGUUAUAGAUCAGUGACUCCUGCAGGUCCGGGAACGUUGGCAUAACGUUCCGAUCAUUUAGAGUUGUUCUGUAUGGAAACUGAUCAUCAUUCAAUCAUGGGCAUGUCUAUAAGUUAUCAUAUUAGUGUUUUUAUCUUUGUAUUUUCCUCUUGGCUCUACGUAGUCACUGUGUUCAGAAGUUGCCUGCUGUGUCUCAGGGUUUGUAAAACAUGGUUGCCUUCCAAAUGGCACCCUAUGAACUAUAUAGUGUUCUAAUUUUGACGCUCUGGGGUCAACAGUAGUGCACUGUAUAGAGAUUAUGGUGCCAUUUGGGUAGUUGCCAUGAAACUGCAUCAAUAGUGCUGGCCAUUACUUGUGCUGUAUUGCCUGAUUGACACUAUAGGGCCGAACCAAACCGGACUCUGUAGUGUGAAUCUGGUUUAUGUGUAGAAGAUGCACUAAUCUACCAGUCUUCACUUGGAACAGUCACUUUGUUGUCAUGGUUAUAGAGUGUGGUUAGUUCUAGGACAGAUACACCGUUCAGUAUUACUGAUGUUUUAUUACAGUGUUGGUACUGAAACAUUCAAUUCCAUGUCCUCAAAACAUCAAUAACCUAUCCAUCAUUUGACAUGAUUUUCUCCGGUUUGAAUAUUAGUUGAAAAUAUGUUUGGGUUUGGAAGUGGAGUGCAAUAUUUAAUUAAUCAGUCUUAAAGAUGGUGUUAAUGAAAUUAAGGCCUGGAUUCAAUCCGAUCGCAGCUUGAAGAAAAUGUGGCUUUAAAAGACAAUCUUCCAGUGUUUACGGAGAUCUCAUUCACAGUAAACGCUGUAUAAUUCGGUUCAUUUGGAAAUGACCUUUAAAUGACUCUUUGUCGGCGAAGCACAAUCGAAUUGAAUCGCGCCUUAGUUCAUGGGUUUAAGAUUGGGUUGUAAACGGCUUUGGAUCUUAAGAGCAGUUUGCAUCUGUUCUUUUUAAAAGGAAGUACAUAUUUAUUUUACUUCAAGUUCUUCUCUGAAUCCCUGUACUGUUUGUUCUUCCCUGAGUGUUUUAUUACAUUUUGGGGGGAAAGACCAGUGCAAACAUGGCAUUAGGAUGAACACCCCGGAUGAAUAGUUUGAAACAUUUUGAUAUGUUGAAAUAAUCUACGCUUGUUUGGUUUGAUACACAUUUUGAUAUGGUGAAAUAAUCCACGCUUGUUUGGCUUGAUACACAUUUUGAUAUGGUGAAAUAAUCUACGCUUGUUUGGCUUGAUACACAUUUUGAUAUGGUGAAAUAAUCCACGCUUGUUUGGCUUGAUACACAUUUUGAUAUGGUGAAAUAAUCCACGCUUGUUUGGUUUGAUACACAUUUUGAUAUGGUGAAAUAAUCCACGCUUGUUUGGUUUGAUACACAUUUUGAUAUGGUGAAAUAAUCUACGCUUGUUUGGUUUGAUACACAUUUUGAUAUGGUGAAAUAAUCCACGCUUGUUUGGUUUGAUACACAUUUUGUACGUGUUUAGUAUUCUUCCUGUUCGAUUCUUCCGGUCCGGUUCGAUUGUCAUUGGGUCUCGGGUCAAUUUAACUACAGCUGAUAGAUCCGAAUGGACACAACCACGGCUCUGCAUAGAAAAAAACAUUUCUUAAAAACAUAUUCUAAAACAUAUUUAUUUUAUGCUAAUAUGGUGAAUUUAUUGAUUUAUAGAAGGCCUAGACAACAUAUAGUAUAAAGACUUAUUCAUUAACCAGAAGUGCAACUUGGCUGAUCACUUGGGUCCAAUCAGGUCUGUUCUAGUAUUGGUCUAUGUCUGGUUGUACUCAGGUCUGAUUUUAACCUAUUGAUCAUCCCCACAUUAUAUCUUUGGCCCAGAUCUGUUUGAUGCUUAGACAAGUCUGAUGGUCGUUGAUGACCAAUGACUAGGAGUUGGCAAAACAGCACAAACAGAUCUGGGACCAGGCUAGACAUGUUUCUGCUCGAGUCCGAUUUAUUUCCCCUUUUUUUCUGCAUGUGAGUGAAGAGAUUAACCGUCAUUCUUAAAAACAUGAAUUAUCCAUAAAAUGCAAGGUUAUUUUUCCCACUACAAUAACCUUUCUAACGGUUGUGUGUGUGCCUCUAUACAAUGGGAUUAUCUGUAUUUGACUACAUUUGAUGGUAGUAUUUGCAACAAUGAAAUGACAGCUUUAAACAAGAGGCUACAUUUCUGUAGUGUUAAAUUAACAUUUGACAAUAAACCGCAUUGUAAUCUGGCAGUGUAAUUUAGUUUGAAACUUUUCUUCAACAAUUUAUGUUAUAAAGAGGUGAUUAUUUAUGUAUGGCCCAGUUUACAAAACUCUAGUUAAAUAACACAUUGUUGAAAAAAGGUUUGAGAUUAAAUCAUACUGCCAGAUGACAAUGAAGUUUAUGGUACAUUUUGCACUUAAAGCUAGAAUCCUUACUUGAAACAAUAACAAAGGGUCAAAAGCUGAGGGGUGAACCUGGAGAAAUGUAACUGCUCAAAUAGACAGAUCUAUGGAUGCAAGGACUGCCCAUCCAUGGUAUCAAAAUGAUAGUUUUAACCAUGUUUUGAGGCUAUACAGUGUUUGUUUACAUUUAUAUUGUUUACAAACACUUGAGUAAAACAAGCUUAUAUUUGGGGUUCUAAUGGGGAAUGACAGCUGAACUAAUAAAUUAAUGAGGCAUUUAUAAGUUGUGUUAUUCAAGAAUCAAUGGAUAUCAUUAAAAAUUGAUGUAGCAUCUAAGGAUUCUGGCUUUAACGCGUUACUUUUGCUAUACGAAAAAGUUUUCCCGCGGUGUCUUACUGUUUUACAUGUUUUGUUCAGUUUGUUUUACCGGCCCUGGUGUAAAAAGCUCCUUCACAUUACUGUGUAUCAUCAACAGCAUUUUCAUCACCAAUAAAAGUUAUUCUUUACUUGCUACAACAUGGUUUAAAUAUCUUCUACGAGAACAGCAUCAUGUUGACUGAUGGUC